AGCUAGCAGCCGAAGGAUGACAACCGGUGUAAUUACUUGGAUAUUGAGGAGAUAUUUAGCAAUUAUAACAAUUGUUAACAUCUUAUCGUGUGCAAACCAAGAGAACUACACAUCUUCAUAUCAAGAUGACUCCAAUUUCGAUUUAGAAGUUAACCCUCUUGAAAAAGUUAAGAUUGGCAAUGACACGAUUGAGGACAUUCAAGAAGAUGCGCAUGAUGUAAAAACUCAGUGGCAUUGUGGAAAGAAUAAAAGAUCAUGUUCGGGAAGGUGCGGAGGAAGUACAAACAGUAGCGCCAUCUGGGACAAAGACUCAUCCAGGCAUUUCUGCCACUGUGACUUUUGGUGUCUUCACUUCCAAGACUGUUGCAUAGAUUUCCCAAUUGAAAUUGAAUGUCCACAUAUCAGCAAAAAUCAGCAUUCGGCACACAAUCAGCACACAAUCAAGAGAUCCCAUUAUGAAUGUAAAGAAUUGUAUGAAAAGAAAUGGAUAUAUACAAUAUCAAAAUGUACUGAUGAGUUAUCUCCUGUACGGCAGCUUUGUGAAGAAGGCCAUGAAAGUAAUAUUCUGCAUAAGGUUCCAAUGGUAGAUCCUGCCACACAUAAUGUCUACAAGAACAUAUAUUGUGCUCAAUGCAAUGGUGUUAAAUACAGAAAAGAGCUGUUUAUCUCAAUUCACUGUGACAGCAAGGUGGUAACAGAGCAACAGAUUAACAAUCCAGGUUACAGUAUGAUUAAGCACAUGGUAAACUCAAAAUCAUGUAACAUAUCAGUAUCAGCAUCGUUUAUGAGAAGGUGCAUUCCUACACUACAGGAAUGUCCUCAAGUUGAAGAUCAUAAGACCAGUCAUCAAAUUGAAGAUCCUAGAGACAAUGAAACUAUAAAAUAUGGCAACACCAAAAUGACAUGCCCUCCAUGUGACAACAGCACCACG